UGCACUUCAUCUACGGAAGCGUACACUAGCCUUGAAUUCGACAAAAUGAAGUCUACGAAUAUAAUCAACUAUACCGUUAAAGUAAAAGAAGAGCCUGAUGAUAUGUGUUACAAUGAAAUUGAUGGUGGCCAAACGGAAAACAAAUUAUCCGAUACUGAAAAUUUGCAAACACUCCGAUGUCUGCAAGAAAAUACCACUCACACCCUUAAAGAAGCCAGAGCGAUUCUUGAAUCUGAACCUAACCAAGAAAUUAAGAUACCCAAUGUGGAUUUAUUAGCAACUGAUAAUGUGAACGAAGAAAUUCCUGAAUUUCCAUGCAACCAAAAAAUUAAAAUAGAAUCGGAGAGCGAAGAUGUGAAACCUGAUGUGGAUUUAUUAGUAACUGGUAAAGUGAACGAAGGAGUUUCAGAAUUUCAACAUAACCAAGAAAUUAAAAUAGAAUUCGAGUGCGAAGAUGUGAAACUCGAUGCGGAUUUAUUAGUAAAUAAUAAAGCGAACGAUUGGUCUGGUCGAUAUAAAGAUAUGAAAAUUCACCAUAAUUGUGUAAACUUUUUCUCGAAUCAAAUGGAAAAUAAGAAGAUAGUAAAGAAAGAGUUUUUUGGUGAUAUUAAAAAAACUGAUGAUAUAAAUACUAGCUGUAAACUUAAGGACGGACAGAAUACGAAAAUUGAUCUUGUAGUAAAGAAAAGCAAGCAAUUUUUUCAAUGCGGGACGUGUUCAAAAAAUUUUGUUUCAAAACAUGUUCUAAAGAUCCACAUUGAUUCGGUGCACAAUCAUAUUACUUACCGAUGUGACAUUUGUGAAAAGUCAUUUAAAAGCAAAAAUUAUCUAAUGAUCCACAUUGAUUCAUUGCAUAAUGGUCGAAAAUCUCACAGGUGCGAUACGUGCGGAAAGUCAUUUGCAUUCAAGACUACUCUGAAAAAACACAUUGAUAUGGUGCAUAAACGUGUCACUUACCCAUGCGACAUUUGUAAAAAGACAUUCACACAAAAAAGUUAUCUUGGAGUCCAUAUCGACUCAUUCCAUAAUGGUCGAAAACCUCAUAGCUGCGAUACGUGCGGAAAGUCAUUUUCACAAAAGGGUUUUAUGAAAUUACACAUUGAUUCGGUGCAUAAUUCUAUUUCUUACCCGUGUGAAAUUUGUGGAAAAUCAUUUAAAGGGAAAGCUUAUCUCAAAGUCCAUAUUGAUUUUGAGCAUAAUGGUCGAAAAUAUCACAACUGCGACAUUUGCGGAAAGUCGUUUGCACUUAAGCAAGUUUUGAGAGUUCACAUUGAUACGGUACAUAAUCAUAUCAAUCACCCAUGCCACACGUGUGGUAAGACAUUUUCUCAAAAGAGUGGUCUGCAAAUCCACAUUGAUUCGAUGCAUAAUUCUAUUUCUUACCCGUGUGACAUUUGUGGAAAGUCAUUUAAAAAGAAGGCUUAUCUUAAGCCGCAUAUUGAAUCAUUGCAUAAUGGUUCAGGAUCGCGCAAUUGCAAUAUAUGCGGAAAGACAUUUCCAUAUAAGCAUAAUCUAGAAGUUCACAUCAACUCGGUGCACAAUAGAAUUACGUACCCAUGUGAUAUUUGUGGAAAGUCAUUUUCGCAAACAAGUGCUCUCAAGCGCCACAUUCAAUCAAUGCAUAAUGGUCAAAAACGUUACAACUGCGAUAUAUGCAGAAAGAUAUUUGCACAUAAGGUUGAUCUAGAAAUCCAUAUUGUUUCGGUGCAUAAUCGUAUUACUUACUCGUGUGACAUUUGUGGAAAGACGUUUUCAAAAAAGGAUUACCUCAAGGUUCAUAUUGAUUCAUUGCAUAAUAUUGGGAAUCGUCACAGCUGCCAGAUAUGCGGAAAGUCCUUUAUUCAAAAGAUUAAUCUCAGAGUUCAUAUCGAUUCGGUGCAUAAAAAUAUCAAUCAUCUAUGUUACAUGUGUGGAAAGACAUUUUCUAUAAAGGGUAAUCUCAAAGCCCAUACAGAUUUAAUGCAUAGUUAUCGAAAACCUCAUCAACCGCGAUAUAUGCAUAAGUAUCAUAUGCACACUUAAGUAUACUUUAAAAAAUUAGGUCGAUUCAGUGCGCAUUUGAAUUUGUUAUUCGUGAAAAAUUCGUAAAAGAUAUUUAAAAUCAAAGAGCACUUCGAAUCCCAUAUUGAUUCAUUUCAUAACAGACGAAAAUUUUCACACAGUAAAAUAGUCAAUAUUGUAUGACUUACCCGAGUGAUAUUUGUAAAAUGUCAUUCGUAAAAAAACUUGCAAAAGUCUACAUCAAUUUGUCACAUAAAGCAAUUAAUAAA